GAGGUGGAACACUUCAUGGGGAAAUACUUCGUCAGUGUCCCAUGCCGGACGAGCUGGCUCUUCCAGGCCAGCAUUCUUGCCGCCUCCAUCAAGGGGGAGGAAGAAGGGGAGGGGAAGGGGGAGGACAUGGCAGGAGAUAUGGCUGACGAGGUCUUUGCCAAACGGCGGCAGAAGGUUGCCAAGAAGAAGAGGACAGUCAUGGAAAACAGAGGGGGUGAGAAGAAUGCGUGGGGGCAUAAGAAGACCACUGAGGUUCAGAGUGAUGACGACGAUUUCGUGGCUGACGGAGGAGGAGAACUUUGGGUGUGCAAGAAGAAUGACGGCAAGAGGAGGUUUUGCCGCCGGCCGGUGAGCCAGCCUGAUUCCUUUUGCAUAUAUCACUCAGAUCUUAAGUCUGCGCUGCCGCCGACUUCAUCAGCGGCCUCCAAACCCUCCAGCAGCGCCAAGCCACGUAAGAGGAGGCGUGUCGAUGCAGGUGAGGGGUACUUAUACUACGCCGGGUUCGGCCCGUCCCUCAGCAAGAGGCAGAGAUCAAGCAGCAAUGUACUGGAAUCUUUACCUGAUGAGCAAGAGGAGGAGGCACUGCCUGAAGAGCAUACUGCAGGUCCAGCCCAAACUGUUGAUGCAGACCAUCAAGCGGCAUCAGCACGCGUUGAUGAGCCUAGGUGUGAUGAGUUGGCCGGGAUUGCGGGCGGCGACGAGGAGAGCAGCGACGACGCACUUGGCUGCAACGAUGAACCCCGGGUUGUUGGCGUCAACGGCAACAUCAAGAGGAAGAGCCCGUUUAAGAAGAGGUGGAGGAAGCCUGUGAAAGCUCGCUCACUCAAGUCAUUGAUGUGUUAGCACACUUAUACCUGUACAUGCAUGCCCAAUUGGUUCUCCAUGAUUCAGGUAGAGCUUGGCAGGAUAUUCAGAUCAUGGAAGAUACCAACUCUGCUAUGGAUGAAGAAUCCAAUGCUUUACAAGCCCUUGUGACGGAACUGACAGAGAAACUGGUUGCUGAAAGCAAAUAUCAUUUGAGGCAAGGAACCAAGCAGAAAGCCAUAAACAGGUGGGGUUGUUCCAGCAAGUAAUGGACGAAGUUUCCGUUGGGAUGGUGGCCUGUUGGGCGGACAUAAUCAAUCAAUAGGACUGAAGGGGUGCAGCAAGCCUGGGGUGCUGGAAAAUGAAGAACCGCCUGACACCGUAUCAACAACAACAUAUGAAGCUCUGUCUAUGCUCUGAACUUUAUCCUACCCUGGCAGGAGGAUGACAUCCAUCUCUUUAUCCUGUCCUGUGGAAGAACCCAUAUGGUUUUGUAAUAGUGUAGUAUACUGUAUCAGGUUGUGGAAAAAUGUUUGUGGGCGAAGGUUCUCUUAUGUUAUGCGGCGUCGUAAACGAGUCGAGUGGAUAGCAAUGAUGUAUUCAGUGUGAAGAAUGGGGUCAGCAGUCAGCACCCUGUUUUUCUUUUUCCUUUU